GAUGGAUAUCCUCGAGAAGUCUAUGAGGGAUGCCAAGGGGAACGUACCUCAGGAGUUGAGGGACCUCAAUGUGAAAUGGUGGAGGGCCAGCAGAGCGACGCAAGUCUUCGCAAAGCCUAUAUGCUCAAGGCUGGAGGUCACGGAAGCUCUCAUCUUCGAGAACAACGAUACUCCGGGAAGAAAGGAAGGGCGGUUGGUGUUCGAAAUUGUCGUCACUCGGGACAUGUGCAAUUACCUUAGUGACAUGCACGGUGGAUGUGCGGCAACACUCAUAGACUUCUGCACAUCCCUUGUUAGGAACCUUGUCCUGACGAAGGAUAGCCCGACUUGGAAUGGGCAUGUAUCUCUGACUCUGAAUGUGACAUUUCAUGCGCCGGCUGUUCUCGGUACCAGAUUGAAGAUAGUGAACUCGACCGUGGCCAUCGGCACUCGUGUCAUAACUGCUAGAGCUGAGAUAUACGACGUGACCAACGGACGCAUAGUCGCCAGUGGGAUGCACGUCAAGGUACCUCCGUCUCAGCCAAAACUCUAACGGUCAUUCGUGUCAAGAGGCUGCCGCAGCUCGCGGACGUUGUAUGGUUUUGUUGCUAGAAGUCAAGAUACGCUUUGUCGAAUCCAUAUUCUU